AUGGACUCCAGACCCUUUCGCAGGACCAGUCAGCAGGGAGAGCAGCUUCAGGGGCUGGAGGAGGCUGAUAUCACCAAGUUCACAUUCACUCCUGUCCCUGUGAAGAGUGAAGAAGAUGAAGAGAAACCUCAGUCCUCACAGCUUCAUCAAACAGACUCUUCUGAACCUGAGACUGAUGACAGUGGUGAUUGGAAGGAGACCAGAGAACCUCAGUCAGACGCCCAGCAGCUGUUGGUGGUUAAAGAGGAGUUUCCCUCCGAGCAACAGGAGAGGAGCUCAACUCUGGACCAGGAGGACCCAGAGCCCCCACACAUUAAAGAAGAACAGGAGAGUGACACCACUCACCUCCCAAAGAUCCACAGAGGGAAUCAUGACGCAGAGGAAGAGUUCAUAGAAGGAGGAAGUCUGAGCCAAGACACGGUGGUCCAAACGGUGCUACAGCCAGAGCCCCUACACAUUAAAGAGGAACAGGAGGAACCUCGGACCAGUCAGGAGGGAGAGCAGCUUCAGGGGCUGGAGGAGGCUGAUAUCAUCAAGUUCACAUUCACUCCUAUCCCUGUGAAGAGUGAAGAAGAUGAAGAGAAACCUCAGUCCUCACAGCUUCAUCAAACACAGACUGAACAGAUGGAAACAGAAGAUGAUGGAGAGGACUGUGGAGGACCAGAACCAGACAGGAACUCUUAUCCAGAGCCACAUUUACAACCUGAUACUGGUGACGAGCCUGCAGACCAAAAAGAUGGCGGCCCUGUCAGAGAUUCCAGAUUUAGUGCUGGUGAGAAACGAUUUAGCUGCUCUGAGUGUGGGAAAAGAUUUGGCUACAAGUGCUAUCUGAAGAGACACAUGAGACUCCACACAGGAGAGAAACCUUUCAGCUGCUCAGUUUGUAAGAAAACUUUUACACGGAGUGGACAUUUAAAGUCACACAUGAGACUCCACACAGGAGAGAAACUUUUCAGCUGCUCAGUUUGUAAGAAAACUUUUACACGGAGUGGACAUUUAAAUGCACACAUGAGACUCCACACAGGAGAGAAACCUUUCGGCUGCUCAGUGUGUGCUAAAUCUUUUGCACAAAGUGAGUACUUAAAGAAACACAUGAGAGUCCACACUUGAGAGAAAACUUUCAUAAAUGUGCUGGCCACUCAUCCUCAAAGUUUCAUCAAACUGAGGAGAACAAAGAGGCAGAGCCUCCAGCCAGCAGCCCACAAGAAGAGAUGCAAACCUCUUUUUCAAUCUUUUUGAAGGACUCGAUAAACUAUUUCAAGUCUUUUUUCAAUGCUUCAAAGCUUGUAGUCACUUUUAUAAAUAUUUAUUCUGUGUCUAUGAAAUUUACCUACAAUAUAAUUAAACAACACUUUCUUCUCCAUGAUGUGAUAUGAUAUUCAUUUCCUUUCUGUUCAUUUUUGUUUUGUUUUAC